AUGGCGUGCCCUUCCACAAGAAAUUUUGAUGACUGGCUGAGGGACUUGUCGCAAUGGCGUGGGAUGUGCCAGAGUUGGAUUGGACAGGAGUGGGAGAAUAAGUGUAACGACCCAGUCGAGUGGAAAGAGGGCGAUAUCCCUGGGUUCAACCCAGGCAUCGUGUCAAGUCAGAAACAACUAGCCUCCCUCCGUGGCUGGAAAAUUAUGAACCCCCCUGAACACACUACUAUUGAAGGACAAGUGGCUGUGAACAUCAACCACCGCAACUGGAACCCCAAGAACGUCCGCCUAUCAGAUGCAGGUGUCAUCUAUGCCCUCUUGACUUUGCCCGCAGAUUAUCGCAUCCGAUACCUGACCUACGACUUUGAUAACCGAGGCGAUGUAAGAAAAGAACGAGUUCCCAGAGCACCCACUGUCGCCUUCUACCAGAACAAUCAGCGGACUCUUGUCACAUGGAAAGGUGUCUAUAUCUUCACAGGUGGGUACAAUGAUGCCGGGUGGUUGCUGGCCAACAAUUACCCAGAUGGACCACCAUUUUUCCAGGCUGGUCUGGUAGUUGCAUCGUCUCAUGUAAAGACUUUUGAUGCUCUAAAUGUGCAGAUGACCGAGUACGAGCCAAAAAAGGUCUUCAUCCGUGAUUCUAAUUCCAUGGAGAAUCUAUGGAAACGUGCCUAUCGGCGGUACGGGAUUCUACUCAGGGGUUGCAAGGAUGUUUCGGGAUACUGCCUUGUACUUGCAGGGCAGAACAUAUCUGGAUACCAGAAGAUGAGCCUUCUUUUUGGCUUCAAUAUCCUGAUUGGUCCUGGCGCCGACGCCACCGACACCAAUGAAGCAAUCCAGCAGGACCAACGUCCUUCGACGGCUUGGAAGAACAAGCUGUUCCCAGAUACAGAACUCAAAAGACAACCCAAUGAUUUCAUCAAUUUCAUUGGAAUCAGGUGGGGACAUUUGCCGAUUCGCACCCGCACAAUUGAAACCAACACGACAGAAGCCAUCACAGCCCCCCACAAGCGCAAAAGGCCAAACAGCGUUAAUCAAACUCAAAGUUUCCUCCCAUUCUCAUCGCAUUCAUCGUCGGCCGGGAGUGAAGCCACAAAUGAGAGAAGCCCGGACCGACCAGUUGACAAUUUCGACAAGGUUUCUUUCAAGAGUCUUUGGGCUGAGCUAGCAGCUAUUGAAUCCCCUCCCAGGCACUGGGAGCUAUUUACCGCAGUCGGUAAAAUGGAGACCAUGCAUCAGAGGUGGCGUCGCAACUGUAUGGCUGUUAAAAUCAUCCAACACAAUGUCUCACCAUCUGAAGCCACUGUUAUCCGCGAGCUUAUGCAAACUCUGAGUCCAAGGCUUGGUGUUUUGAUUCUAGGCGUUGAGGUCGAGGAAGAUCGCAUUGCUCUUGAAAAUGCCUUCAGUUACAACUCAGCCAUGACCUCGUUUGAGCAGCAGGUUAACGCCCUUGGGGAGGGCCUCGUUAAACAGGCCUAUAUGAACUUUUACACCUACUUUCAGACUGUCGGUUUCCGCAGAUACAAGAUCCCACAGCCGCCCAUCAAGUUAGAACAGCAAGAGGAAAUCGACAGCGGGCUCCGCAGCCAAGACCCUCAACAGUACAACGAGGUCCAAAGGAUGAUCUUCUGGCGGUCAUAG